UCUAUGCAGUACAGUGUUUCGUAAUCACAAGAACUCCUUUGUUUUUUAUUUUUCGGUAAAAGCUGGAACUAAUCGGAAUACUGUUUUGAAUAGCCCGAAGAUUUUUCUAUCAAAUGAGGUGUACAUCACCGUUUCCUGAGAAAAGCUGAUAAUAGGGGAAAUCGGACGAUAAAACUGCGGAAAAAUGUAAAUCGCUUUUGUUGAACUGGUGGCGAAAAACGAACAGUAAUUUUUGUUUGCAAACCAUCUACCUAAUUUACUACAUGUAUUAUCCAAACAUUUUCCAAAAUCCAUGUUCCUUUGAAGUAUUUUGAUCUCUAAUAGGUACUCUGACUAGUUUUUGAAACUCUAAAACCAUGUACUAGAUGCAAAAUUGAAUUGUCUAUCGAAUGAACGCCAAGUUAUAGUCUUGAAAGCUGAAUAACAAUAACAAUACAUAAACAGGCAUUUUGCAUGUUGUGUAAUGUAUCAUACAUAACACUAAUUUAAUUUCUAUAUGUUAUUAUAUAGUUGUUCUCCUUUACAUGUCAGUUUUUCAUAUGCAUGUUGCUUCAUUUGUGACAACAUGCGUAUAAAUAGUUGAAAUAAAUAGUGUAUCAUGAUAAUAAGUCUAUUUUAGUUUCUUUUAACUUUCACUUGUUUAAAGUUUAUUCUUUCUACAGCGUCACUCGAAUUUCGUAAUAAUGCUCGAUUUAUAAGAACUAAAUCAGCUAAAGGAACUACAUUUUAUAUCGGUGAUUAUGUAUAUAGUACUCCUACUCAGCCAUCAAACAAAUCCGGUCGGCAGACACCGCAACAUAUCCGCUUCAAAGACUAUUCGUUUUGGGUGACAGCAAAACAUUUAGGACUGGAUACAGCAACAAAUAAGUAUGCCAAGAUUUAUCUAAAUCGUGCAGAAUUUCUUCGGGCCAAAUGUGUUCAUGCCUCCAACAAGUCUGAUUUGGCUCUAUUGAUAACACCUACAACAUUUACAAAUGUGAUGCAGAAAGCUGAAUUUAUCGAAAAACUAUCGCCGCUACGAACACGUGCACACAUGUACGGCUUUGGUACACAUUAUCAUCUAGAUCUUUUUGAUCCUGCUGUAGUACACGCAGUGAUAUCCUGCGAAUACUAUUGUUUACCAAAGCGGUCACCAAAAGGCGCAUCGACAAAACGGUUUUUUAUAGUAGACAGGAUGGUUGAUUUUGGUUUUUCAGGAGGUCCGGUAUUGACUACAGACGGUAAAGUUCUCGGUAUGCUGUCUAUGUCUGCCUACAGCCGCGAUUCUUGGGCAUUGCGUGCUAAGUACAUUUUGAAAGCAAUUAAAGAACUUGGAAUACAUCCAGUAUCAUCCAAAAAAUAG